AUGUUCUCAACCAUGAGCCCGAACCCACAGGGCCUGAAACAGAUCAGCCUGGACCAGAUCUGGGAUGACCUCAGAGCUGGCAUACAGCAAGUGUACACCCGACAGAACAUGGUGAAGUCCAGAUACAUUGAGCUCUACACCCAUGUUUAUAACUACUGUACUAGUGUACAUGAGUCAGACCAAGUGCAAGGAGCUGAGGUCCCUCCCUCUAAAUCCCAAAAUGAGCAGACACCUGGAGGAGCUCAGUUUGUUGGCCUGGAAUUGUACAAACGGCUUAAGGAAUUUUUGAAAAAUUACUUGGCAGAUCUUCUCAAGGAUGGAGAAGAUUUGAUGGACGAGAGUGUACUAAAGUUCUACACUCAACAGUGGGAAGAUUAUCAAUUUUCAAGCAAAGUACUGAAUGGGAUUUGUGCCUACCUCAGUAGACAUUGGGUUCGCCGUGAAUGUAAUGAAGGACGAAAAGGAAUAUAUGAAAUUUAUUCCUUGGCAUUGGUGAAUUGGAGAGAUUCUUUGUUCAGGCCAUUGAAUAAACAGGUAACAAAUGUUAUUUUAAAACUGAUUGAAAAGGAAAGAAAUGGUGAAACCAUCAAUACAAGGCUGAUUAGUGGAGUUGUACAGUCAUAUGUGGAAUUGGGGCUGAAUGAAGAUAAUGCAUUUGCAAAGGGUCCUACAUUAACAGUGUAUAAAGAAUCCUUUGAAUCUCAAUUUUUGGCUGACACAGAGAGAUUUUAUACCAGAGAGAGCACUGAAAUCUUACAGCAGAACUCAGUUACUGAAUAUAUGAAAAAGGCAGAGGCUCAUCUGCUUGAGGAACAACGAAGAGUUCAGGUUUAUCUUCAUGAAAGCACACAAGAUGAAUUAGCAAGAAAGUGUGAGAAAGUCCUCAUUGAAAAACACCUGGACAUUUUUCACUCAGAAUUUCAGAAUUUAUUAGAUGCUGACAAAAAUGAAGACUUGGGGUGCAUGUAUAAUCUUGUAUCUAGAAUCCAGGAUGGCCUAGGAGAAUUGAAAAAACUGCUGGAGACACACAUUUAUAAUCAGGGUCUUGCAGCAGUUGAAAAGUGUGGAGAAGCUGCUUUAAAUGACCCCAAAAUGUAUGUACAGACAGUGUUGGAUGUUCACAAAAAAUACCAUGCCCUGGUAGUGUCUGCAUUUGAUAAUAAUGCUGGCUUUGUGGCUGCUCUUGAUAAGGCUUGCGGGCGCUUCAUAAACAGCAAUGCAGUUACCAAGAUAGCCCAGUCAUCCAGCAAGUCCCCUGAGCUGCUAGCUCGGUACUGUGACUCCUUAUUGAAAAAAAGUUCCAAGAACCCAGAAGAGGCAGAGCUGGAAGACACACUCAAUCAAGUGAUGGUUGUCUUCAAGUACAUAGACGACAAGGACGUUUUUCAUAAGUUUUAUGCAAAGAUGCUGGCCAAGAGGCUUGUACAUCAUAACAGCGUGAGUGAUGAUGCUGAAGCAAUCAUGAUAUCCAAAUUGAAGCAAGCUUGUGGUUUUGACUAUACCUCUAAACUUCAGCGGAUGUUUCAAGACAUUGGUGUAAGCAAAGAUUUGAAUGAGCAAUUCAAAAAGCACCUGACACAUUCAGAACCACUGGACUUGGACUUCAGUAUUCAGGUUCUCAGCUCUGGAUCUUGGCCCUUCCAGCAGUCCUGCACAUUUGCCUUGCCAUCAGAGCUGGAACGUAGUUACCAGCGGUUCACAGACUUCUAUGCCAGUCGUCACAGCGGCAGAAAGCUGACCUGGUUGUAUCAGUUGUCUAAAGGAGAGUUGGUAACUAAUUGCUUCAAAAACAGAUAUACUUUGCAGGCAUCUACAUUGCAGAUGGCAAUCUUAUUUCAGUACAACAGAGAAGAUGCCUAUACUGUGCAGCAGUUGGCUGACAGCACGCAAAUUAAAAUGGACAUUUUAGCACAAGUCCUGCAGAUUUUAUUGAAGUCAAAGUUAUUGGUCUUGGAGAAUGAAAAUGUCGAUGAGGUGGAACUGAAGCAAGAAUCCUUAAUAAAAUUAUAUCUUCCUUAUAAAAAUAAGAAAUUAAGGGUUAACAUCAAUGUGCCAAUGAAAACUGAACAGAAGCAGGAACAAGAAAUGACACACAAAAAUAUUGAGGAAGACCGCAAACUACUGAUUCAGAUGGCCAUCGUGAGGAUCAUGAAAAUGCGGAAAGUUCUGAAACACCAGCAGUUACUUGGAGAAGUCCUCACUCAGCUGUCCUCCAGAUUCAAACCGCGGGUCCCAAUGAUCAAGAAAUGCAUUGACAUUCUAAUUGAGAAAGAAUAUUUGGAGCGAGUGGAUGGUGAAAAGGAUACCUACAGCUACUUGGCUUAACCUUUCUAGAAGGGUCUGACCAUGUGACCCGCAACAAAUAGUUCAUCAUGGAAAGAAUGAAAACAACUCAAGUUCAUAGCACCUAGCCUGCCACCAUUUGGACCUCCCUUUUUAAAACUGAGACCAAGAUUCCCAUCACGUGGUCUCAGAUUAACA